AGGUGAGAGUGACUCUGGUUCUUCAAGUCUGCCUGGGACUCCUUGGAGAGGCAAUAAGGAGAGUAAGAAGAUGCAAUGGGAGUUAUAAAGUGGAUGCAAUAGCUUCAUUGGAACAGCUCUGCACAUUGCCACAUCUGCUUGCUAAGAAGCAACUAUUGUUGUUUUGAGGACAAUUUGGGGAAAAAGCCGUUUGAGCAUCUCUGCAGCUUUUAUGCAUUAAUCAAGAAAGUCAAUACACAGACGAAGGAGAGGUGCAAAUAUGGCAAAGGCUGCUAAGGAAAUACAAAUGGAGAACCCGAGCGAGCUGGAGACUCCUAGCGCAGGGACACCAUGCCCCCCAUUGGAAGAACAGGCAGAAAAACCCUCCAUGCUCUGUUUUAAGAAGCGGAAGAAGUCCUGUAAGAAGGGGCUGACAACUAAGGAUGCAUGUGAGGGAGCUUCUGGAGCCUCGGAGGAGAAAAAUCAAUGCAUCAGCACAGACCCAGGGGAGGCAAAAGCUUCUGCUCGAUUGCGACCCUCCAGAGGAGCCUGGGCAGCUCUCAAAAGUCUCACAAAACCUCGGAGAGGGCAGAAAUCCUCUUCACGGAAGAAGGUAUCUUCUGAUUCCCAGGUGCAGCUGGAGAUGGAUGCGGAGGAGAGCUGUGCACAAGGUCUUCCAAGGAAAAAGGCCAGCACAGGGGUGAAGAUGCCCUGUGUGCGCUUCUUGAGAAGCAAGAAAAAGCCCAGCCCCUCAGAGGUGGUGGAGGAGUCAGAGGACAGUGUCCAAGCCAACGAAGUGAUGGGCAUUUUGAAUAAAGCCAUUGAAGAGCUGGAGGACAUGGACCCAGCAGAGCCCUGCAACAAGGCUGAGUCCCUCGGUCCACUCCCUGCAGAGGACAUGGCCCCAGCAGAGCCCUGUGACAAGGCUGAGUCCCUCAGCCCCCUCCUUGCAGAGGACACAGUUUCAGCAGAGCCUUGUGAUAAAGCUGAGUCCCUCAGUCCACUCCCUGCAGAGGACAUGGCUCCAGCAGAGCCCUGUGGCAAAGCUGAGUCCCUCAGCCCACUCCUUGCAGAGGACACGGCUUCAGCAGAGCCCUGUGGCAAAGCUGAGUCCCUCAGCCCACUCCUUGCAGAGGACAUGGCCCAAGCAGAGCCCUCUGACAAGGCCAAAUCCCUCAGUCUGCUCCCUGCACAAAACUCUGCCCCAGCAGAGCCAUGUGACAAGGCUGAGUCGCUCCCUGAAGAAGAUGUGGCCCCAGCAGAGCCCUGUGGCAGUGCUGAAGCCCUAAGCCCGCUGCCUGCAGAGGACCUGGGCGUAUCAGCAGAAGGUGCCGAUGCCAGUGGGAGGAGUGAGCCCUCGGGAGAGGCCAGGCCUGAAGUGGAUGAACACACAGAGUACAUCGCUCAGUCAGAAAUAACCAGUUUGGAGCCUGUCAAUGAACCUGUGCAGGAAAAGCUGCCUGAGGGGAGUCAAUCUACAGCCCAAGUGGAAGAGGGAGAAGUCACUCCUGAAGUGCCGGUUUCCACAGAUCAACCCAGUGGCACAUCUGAAAUCACUGAGGUGCAGGAGAUAGCCACAGUCUGCAAGGAGCUUCCUGAAAGGGAUGAGUCGGAGAGGAACACUGAUCUCCCCAAGGAGUGCAAAUCUGAGGAGACCACAAUGGAUUUCAGUCCAUCAGUGUCUAAGGAUGAUGCAAUGAGUGUGCAGAGCAGCUCCAGCCAUCAGGAGAAACCUGAAGUCAAUGUGGGCACCGGCGUUGGCAUCGUCAUCACCAUCACUGAAGCCGUGGACUCUGAUGACACCGAUUCUGACCAGGCCUAUGAGCCAUCCCCGGUUUUACACCACAAGAAGCAAAAAAGGAAUAAAAAAUCCAGUGGGAGCUUUGAUUUUGGUCAAAAAGAAGGCCCUGGGGCUGGCAGUGAUGCUGUGGUGGAAGAGAAAGGUCUGGGCGAGCAGGGGCACAGGACUUCGGAUCAGUACGAGUUGCUCCUCAUAGAAACCGCAUCUUCCCUUGUGAAGGCAGCCAUCCAGUCAUCCAUAGAGCAGCUGGUCAACGAGAUGGCUCUGGAACAGAAUAAACACAACAGUUUUCUGUGAGGGUGACGAUGCCCCCAGAUGAGGGUGAUUCCAAGCUACUUUGGCCAGAGGAGGGGAGCAAGAGGGCUCUGGAGGCCACUGCUUAGUUAACUCUGCAUGCCCGUGAAGUUGUGUGUGUGUUUAUUAUGUGUAUGAAACUGGUGCUGGGGCAUGGGACAGGCCCUGCUGAGCACAGGGAGCGCACUAGGCCUGGCUACAGGAAAGUGCAAGUGUUGCAGUGUUUUCAUUUACUAGCAUCUUUAUGUUGAGGCCAUGUUUCUGCUGUCUUCCAUUCCAGACUUCCCUGCUGUUAGUGUUUUAAACGUUAAUGUGCUUUUAGGAAGAGGCCCCGCAGGCAGCGAGAAACCUCCUGCCAUUGGGUUCAGUUCAGUGAGUGUUGAGCACGGCUGGAGGUUUGCUCAGUGGGUACAAGGGAGGGAGAAGGGGCUGAGAUGUGCAAUCAGUGGUAUCAAUGCCAAGCAGUUAGCACUGCAUUCGGAGGUGUAGGAAACCAUGGUCUGAAGUCCCAUUAGGUGGAACUGGGUGAAUGCAGUGAGCAGCACAUAUUGGCCAGCCUAAGGCCCCUAGCCUACUCCUCCAGCCUAUUCCCUUGUCAGAAGCAGCCUGUGUAUUACCCAUCCACUGCGGUACAGCAUCAGCUCUCCUUGCUGACUUCAGGCUGCACAAACACCAAGAGCAUGCCCUCACUUUGUCUGCUGGGGCCCAUUGCACUGCUGAGCACAAUUCUCCCCAUGGUGUGGUGAUGAGGGCCAGGCUGGAGCAUGCUGGCCACAGGGAGCCCCUGGCCUUGCCUUCUUUUGUCUGCCAUGGUGAAACUUCCCUUGGAUAUGGUGUUGUUUUUUGUUUUUGUUUUUUAACGUAUGGCAUGUAAUAUAAAUAGCAGUGUGCUGCAUGCAGUCAACUCUUGCCUCGGUGUUGAAAUAGCGUGGUGGCAAGGAUGUGCUGCAGGCCAUGGAAUUGCUCCAUGUUGGGAGGGGAUUUGGUCACUGGCUGUGUCCACGUGUCCAUCCAUCCCUUCACUUCACAGAGACCCCCCGCAGAAAUCCCAGCUGGCUCUGUGGUGACCAGUCCAAAAUGCACCAUGAACACCAGAGCCAUCUCACCAAAGUCCUCAGGGAAAACCCAGACAUGAGGGCUGGGGACACUGCCACAAAACACCCAGACAGGCCGACUGCUGUCAGAAAAAUACAAACUGCUCUGUUAAGGAGGUGUGCGUGCAGCAUGUGCACACACGUGGUGUGUGCGGGUGCACAUCACCUCUCACUGCCAGCCCUCUGGAAGAAAGGGGCCUUUUGAUAAUUUAGGAUUGCAGCUGCGCGGUUGGGAUUUACACACUGCUGCGUGAAAGUCUGCCUUUUCUGCUGAGAAAGUUCUCCUGCCCCAUUCUCAGCCUGUACAGAAAUAGCAGCCUCCCCUGGCAACUGCUCAGUGACCACAGUGGGGACACGGAGGUUUUCUGCUCGGCGCUGUUAGAACACCAGGGCUGACAACUCUCCAAGAACCCGGUGCACAACCAUGUUUUGAACUUUGAGAAAGGAUCUCUGCUGCUGCGAGAGGAGUACCAGCAGGGAGUGCCAUGGUGUCUUUCUGUGCACGUUAAACUUGGAAAAAAUCAGACUGACUUUUUUUUUUUUCUGUGAAUUUAUUUAACGUUAUCAAUAAUUCAGCGUGUAUAUUAAUGGCUUUGCACUUCCUAUUGUUCCUUUCAGGCAUUUUGCCAUCAUUUUGAAAGGUGCUUUUUAAGGACUGUGUAUAGCUUUGGAGCUGCUGCAGCACCUGGGAGGAGCUGUGCUUGUGCUGGAGCUGUGCUGUGAGCUGUGUGGGCAAAGGGAUGGGUUGGUGCUGAUGGAAUGGCUGCAGCAUCUCUAUGCCUUGGCUGCAGGGGCACCCCUGGGUUCUCAGCAAGUGACAUGAAAUACCCCAGGUGUGGCCAGGCACUUGUCUCCUAUCCAUGUGCUGAGCAGUUUGCGGAGGAUUUAAUGCUACAUUUCCACAGAAAAUAGUCCAUUGCAGGAGGAGGCACUCCCUGAAUGGAGAGAGAAGAGCAGCAUUGUGUGGGUCCAGCCCAGAGCCUGCAGGACUGUCAGCUGCUCUGUACCCAGGGCUGUGUUUGCAUCCUUUUCAUAGCUGUUUUCCCUCUGUUCCACUCAUACAUGUAACUUGGAAUUAGUUCAUUAAAGUUGAGUGUACCUCUCGUUUUCUUGACUUGCGAUUGACUGGGCAUAGAGAUUUUGUAGCAGAGCUGAUAACCCACCGUGCCAUCCAGUAAUGUGCAGCAUUUCCAGGUGGCCAUCUGAUGAGUAGCAGCCUUCACAUUAAUAGACCUGAAAUGUUUUAAGACUCACUCUUCCUGCAUGUUUUUUUCUUAAAUAAGGUUUCCUUCUGGCUGCUGCCCUGUCUUUCCCACUCACAGAUUCCUGAAAGCCCACAGACUCCAGCAGGUAUUUAUGAAGGAUCACAAAUCUCAUCUGGCUCAGAAGAGCAGCCCAGCAAUUGAAUCACCAUUGGAUGAGCGGCUUUGCUCAUCAGAAGAGAGUGGAACAGACUGCAGAGCCCAAGCUUCCAGUGUAUGGGGCUCCUAAGGACUUGAGGCACUUUACAGCAUAUUAAAAAGUUGAAAAAAAUGUACACUUUAAAUAGUAUUAAUACUGAUUAUUCUUUCAGGUUUUCAGAACAAAAACACAGACUUCUAAUGGCUGUUAAUGACUUAAUUAAGUUUCUCUGCUCCCCCAUUACAAUGAGAGAAUUGGACAUUAAUGAAUCAUAGGAACUGUACACUUUUGGAGCAGAACCAUUCCGAGAAGCACGGGGCUGCUUGGCUGCACAAGAGCACUAGAGAGGGUUCAGGACUGUUUCCUCCUCACAGCCGUAAGAAAUGGGCACAGUGCAUAGCCUGGGCCUGCUCUGGCUGGUUGGGAUUGCUUCUGGGCCAUCUGCCUCCUCGUCGCUCUGCUGCCCCUCUCGGAUAUGGAAGUGUUGCUUUGUAGCUGCAUCGCAAUUAAUUAAUUUGUUCUCCUGCUUACCCCGCAGUCUGCACUGCUGCUUUCUUUCCCAGAUGUUUCCAGCACUCCUUUUGGCAGCUAUGGCUCAGCUUGCUGUUCAACAAGUCCCCUGCCUGUGCUCUGCCCAGGGGGCACUGCAUUGUGCGCUGAGGCCCGAUCUGCUGCUGGAGGGACUACAGCAAGUGGGAACCCAGCACUGGAAUUGGUGCUUUCCCUGCAUAAACGAUGGGUGUUUUCAUACGUGUGCUUAUGUCACAUGAAAAUUCAAGAGUUUUGUCAUAGGUGCCCAAAAUAAAUUGGGCAAGCUCAUGCACUACAUGGGAAUUCUGUGCUUGGAAGUGAUGGGUGGAAGUGGGACCCUGCUGGCGGACCAGCAAAGCCUUCCUAUCACUCCUCCUGUACAUAGAGGACUUCCGCAUCUGUAACUCAAAAUAAUGAAACACUCCAAGGGAACAGAUUGAUUUAAAUAAUUUGCUUUAAUAUUCUUUUACAUCUGCAGAUUCAUUUCCCAGAGAAACGGUUCUUGUUAGCUCUUGUUGGGUGGUAUUACAAUAAUGAAGUAUUUAAUUUGCAGCCAGAUAAAAUCUUUACAUUAAAUGUGUUUUUGUUUAACUAAUCAGAGGAUGUUAUUGCUUGUAUGGUUAUUUAAGGAACAGAAUAGAUCAGCCUUUUUUGGAGGCACCAUUGUCACAUUUCUUUUUGCAGCUCGCUGUGGAAAACACAGUUCUUUGCUAACAGUGGGGCUGUUCUGUGACGAACUCAAAGUCCAUUCAGCUUGGAAGUGGAUCUCAGUGAAAAAUACCCCCAAACCACAUUUACAAACUGCUGUUAUAACAUACAAAUUGACAAACACGCUGGAUACGAAAGGGAGAAAAACCCUUUUGUAACUCAAAUGAGUGAGAUGAAGGCAUCAUCUCCCACUAGAGCUGGGUACAGCCCCUAUCAUCCCAUAAGUUUGACCUCAGCAGCAGCUGCAUGGCUUCUCCAGCACGAUUUAGCUCAGGUGAAACUGAGGCACCGAGGUGCUGUGCUGUGCUGCUCCUUUGUUUUGAGGGCGGAGGUGUCUGGGUUAGAAUAUUUCAUGGAAGCGUUUCCGCUAUUAAGCUGCCUUUGAAGCUGCGUCAUUACUGUUUCUUAAUGAAACAUGCAAAUCCCACAUGUGCUGUGAUUGCAUUUCAGGGAAUUCAGUCCUGACAUCGCUCCAACUGUAAAUACCUAACUGGCGUGCCAUUUAGGACUUCAUUCUCUUUUUCCUUCCCAGUUUUCUUUGCUCAGAAUAGCUUAUCCUAGUGCUGGACCGCCAGGACACCCACGCAAAGAGCUCCUUUUUGGCAGGAGCAGAGAAGAGAAGCCUGUCAGCUCCUUACCCGGCAGCAAAGCUGGAGUUGAGCUCAGUGGUGUGUCACAUCGUGCUGCUGGCUGCUGCCUGUGGGAGGGACGUGAUGAGCUGAGGAUGAAGAUCCUCCUGGGCUACUGGGAGCCAAUGGCCCGAAGCCUGCGCCUGCUUAUGGAACAUGGAAAUGAAAUGGGAAAUAAGAUUGAAUUGCAUGUGCUGAUGGUUUUCAAUGCACUUCUGAAAGCUUUGCCUGCACUCAAUUUACGCCUUCCACCUCCGACAUAUUUAAGAACUAUUCAUUACCAGCAUUAAUGCUCUUUCCAGCAAGCUCAUGAGAGCGGCGUUUCGUGGUUUAUUUCCACUCUCACGUUCAGUGCUCCGAGUUUACAAUGUGCAUCCUGCUGUCGGCACUCCCAGUGCGGGGGCUGUGUCCCAGUGCCCUGUGGCCCUACUGCAAGGCACUGUGUGGGCAGCCCACCGAGCUGAAGGCUGGGGGUUAUUAUUGUUGUUGUUCUGCCUGGAAUAAAGGAGCAAAGAGAGCCUGCGUCAUCUCCUGGCAGCCAGCAUCCCUCCCCCUGACUCCAGGUGUUCAUUGCAGGGGGGUCAGACCAGACGACCUCUAAGGGUCCCUUCCAAUUCAAACGAUUCCAUGACGUGGAAGUUGUGCAGCAUGCACUGGUCAAUAGCACUCAAUUACCUAUGGAAAUGAUGUCUCACUGCAGCACUUGAUGACAUCCCCAGGGCUAAUGGGCACUGGAGGAGCGCUCUGCACUAAUGCUUUGGGACUGGGCUGAGCACUCACCUGCUGCAGUGCAUGAGGCCAUAGCCAAGGCCCUUUCAUAGGCCAUAGCCAAGGCCUUUUCAUGCUCCUGCUUCAUCAAAGCUUUGCCAUCCCAGGAGCAUUUACAAGCCUCCAGGCAUCACUCCAGGUCUUUAGAAUCACUGAAUGAUAUAACCGUUUUUUGAGUUGGAAAGAGCUCUCAAAGGCCAUCUUGUCCAACCUCCCCUGCAAAGAACAGAGAUACCCACAGCUCCAUUAGGUGCUCAGAG